AAUUUGAAUGGAAAAGAUAAAAAAUAAAAAAUAAAAUAAAAUAAAAAAAUAAAAUAAAAUAGGGUAGUCCGCGAAACAGAGUAUCAAAACCCAAGUCUCUCCCGCUUAUAAACCCCCAAAUUUUCUCAUUUCUCAUUCCCUAAAACCCUAAUUUCUCUCUAAAACCCUAAAAGCAGCUGCUGCAGCUAUGGAGUUUUGGGGUGCUGAGGUGAAAAGUGGAGAGCCUUUGUCUGUACAGCCUGGAGAUGGGAUGGUUUUGCAUCUUUCACAGGCAUCUCUAGGUGAGUUGAAGAAUAAUAAAUCAGAAAAUGUCUGCUUGUCCGUGAAUAUUGAUGACAAGAAACUUGUUCUUGGGACACUCAACUCGGAGAAGGUGCCUCAACAGCAGUUUGACCUGGUUUUUGAUAGAGACUUCGAAUUAUCACACAACUUGAAAAGUGGCAGCGUCUACUUUUUUGGAUACAAGGCCACUAACCCAUUUGAGGAGGAAGAGGAUGAUGAAGACGAUGAUGAGUCUGAUGAGGACAUCCCCCUCACUCUUGCAAAUAAUGGAAAACCCGAGGCUGGGAAAACUAAUGCUGGAAAGGAUUCUACUUCAGGAAAGCAGGUGAAGAUUGUGGAACCUAGCAAAGACGGUGAAGAUGACAGCUCUGAUGACGAUGAAGAUGAUUCUGAUGGGGGCGAGGAUGAGGAUGACUCUGAUGACAGUGAUGAGAGUGAGGAGGAGACGCCGAAGAAGGCUGAGCCCUCAAAAAAGAGGAAGGCAGAUUCUGCUACAAAAACACCUGUCACUGAUAAAAAGGCAAAGUUGACCACUCCUCAAAAAACUGAUGGCAAAAAAGGCGGUGGCCAUGUAGCAACACCUCACCCAUCAAAGCAGGCUGGGAAGACCCCAAAAUCAGCCGGAACUCAUCACUGCAAGCCAUGCAACAGGAGUUUUGGUUCUGAAGGUGCCCUCGAUUCUCACACGAAAGCCAAACACAGUGCAGGGAAGUAAAUAAUAGACAUGGGAGAGACAUUGGUCUUGUUUGGUUGUCAACUAUGACCAGAAGAGAGGCUGUUUAGUUUUUAUUCCUGUUUGGUUGGUUCAUGUGAUGUAAAGGCAAGAAGAGUUGCAUCACUGUCUGUCUUUGGGAUGAUAUUACUUAGGUCAAUCCUCUAUUUUGAUGCUAGACUUGUUAUGUUUUAUGAGUUUUGGAUUGAUUGAUUCAAAAAAUAUUAUAAUUGCCUGUUGGUUUCUCUUGUUA